AUGGCUCAAGGGGAUGAGAUGAUGGAAGGGUCUAUUUCUCCACUUAUUGUUGAAUCUUUGCAGUCUAAUCAGAGCGGAGAUGUGCUUUCCCCGGAAGAUUUAGCCUGGGUUGAUUCUUGCCUGAUUAAAGAUGCUGAAGUUACAGAUAGUAGCUGGAAUGCUCUGAAAGAUGCUUUACUAGAAAUUGUUAGUUCUGAGCCUAUAUCCAUUUCCUAUUCUGCAGCUGGAAGUGGUGGUUCUCCCAGAGAAACUGACAUUAUGAUACAUACUCCAAGUAAAGAGGCAGAAACUGCGAAGUUCCCAGUAACAAAUGAUAAUGAUGGUGUUGUUCCAAUCCUUGUGGACUCAGAAACAAACAGUGAUAGUUAUCCAAUUAAACAGAAUAAUGGUAUUUCACUUUCACCAGUUUUUCAGGGUGAUGAUGCUACAGAAACUUUUGUCGGAGAUCCUUUUCUACCAAGUUACAAGGAGGGCAAGGAAAUUUACAAGGAUGGCAAGAGAGAGAGUGAAACCAUUGGUUCCGGGCUUGAUUUAGAUCCUUCAGCAGUUGAAUUGGAACCCUUGUCAGAGGAUAUAUUCAAGGUCUGGGAUUUGGGUGUUUCAGCUGAGGAAGAAGAGCUUUUUACACAAUUGAACAAGUCCCUUUCAGAGAAUACCUUUCAAUCAACACCAUCAGCCUUUGAUGAUUCGGGGUCAUGGAAGGACUUGAAAGAUGAUUCACUCGAUAACUUGAUUGCUGGCAUUGCUGAUCUCUCCUUGAAUUAA